AUGAAAGCCACAUUCCUUUCGAUUGUUUUCUUGGUUCUGGCCGUGGUUGUAUCGGCUACUACCCACAACCAAACCACGUCGAGUAAACAUCACAACAACAGCACGGCAAUCGCUAUCACCAAAGCAAGGAGCCAAAAUUACAUUAUUCAGAUCAGACGCGAGAGCAAACUUGAAGAGUUUGUCCACAAAGUGGAAGAUUUCUUUGAGAACCUUUUGGAAGAAAUUGCUGAUAGCUUGGGUGAUUUGAUCUCACGCGACGAAGAUGGCAUGGAGAAAAAGUUCCAAGUUCACGACUCGUAUGAUAUUGGCGGUAUCUUUAAAGCCGUCGGUGUCAAGGUUGCUGACGAUCGAUAUUUGGAUCGCAUGUCAGGUCUUCCUGAUGUUACGUCGAUCAUCCCUGACGACGAGAUUCAAUUUGAUCUCCCCUAUGCCGAAAAGCGUAAAAUCGACAAGCGUUAUUACAUUCGUCAUGUUGUUUUGCCAAACUCGUCAUACCAAAACAACUAUGGCGAGAACAAAACCAUGUCCCCAGUAUCAGGUGCAGCCCAACAAACACACACUUCGUAUUCAGCCAAUACCAGUGGGUGGUCAUCUACCAUCUUGCCAACCUCUACCGAUAGCAGCCAUAAAUCCAAGCCCACCAAAGUGAUGGCAUCCAACAAUGACGAUGACGACGAUGAUGAUGACAUCAAAUACGUGGAACAAAGCGGCUCGGAUACACCAUGGAACCUUGUUCGUAUCUCUGAACGCAACAAGAACUACUCGUUGCCAUACACUUAUGAUCAAAGUGCUGGCAAAGGUGUCACUGUCUAUGUUGUAGAUGACGGCAUCAAUAUUAAGCACAAGGACUUUGAAGGGCGUGCUAAAUAUGGAUGGUCCACUUUCAAGUCCAAAUUGGCUGAUCGUGGUAAUGCAACGACAUCCAGCUAUGGAAGCAGCAGUCAAGAGAAAUCCGAUAACACCGAAGAUGGCGGUGGUCAUGGCACCCAUGUGGCUGGUAUCAUUGCUGGCAAGCAUUAUGGUGUGGCGAAAAAAGCCAAUCUUGUCAGUGUCCAAGUGCUUGGUACCAAUGGCAAGGGUACUAUCUCGAGCUUGCUUGGUGGUGUUCAAUGGAUCAUGCAACAAGCCCAAAACAGCACUAGUCCCAUCCUCAUCAACAUGUCCCUUGGUGUACCCAAAACCACUUCCGGUGCUAAGGCUUUGAAUGAAGCUGUUGAGGCAGCUGUUGAAGCUGGUAUCCCUGUCAUUGCUGCUGCUGGUAACUCGAAAUGUAACGCAUGCGAUAUCGUUCCAGCUGGUAGCAAGCAGGUCUAUACGGUGGGAUCGACCACCAAGGAAGACGCCAUUGAUCCCAAUAGCUGUUUUGGGAGAUGUGUAAACAUCUUAGCUCCAGGCGUUGAUAUCACCAGUGCUUAUAUUGGAGAACCCGAUUCCAGUAAGGUUAUGAGUGGUACAUCUAUGAGCGCGCCGCACGUCUCAGGUGUUGCCGCAAUGGUUUUGCCUUAUCUUGAUAAUCCCACACCCAAAGAGCUCUACAAGGUCUUAGGUGAUAUGGCUACACGUAAUAAGAUUAAUGGAAUCCCUGACAAGAGGACCCCCAAUGCUCUUUUGUAUAAUAAACUAAAGGAUCAUUGA